ACACACACACACACACACACACACACACACACACACACACACACACACACACACACACACACACACACACACACACACACACUCAGCAUAUGCAUUUCCCACGCCUCCACACGCCUGCCUGGCCGCCCACCGGAGCAUGUCAGCGCAUCUGCAGAAUCUCCAACUGUUCGUCCCGCGCCAAAGACUUGUAUGACAUUCCGCUCUGCCGGCGAUCCGCCACAAUGCCCUGGACUCUGGCCGCUUUAGUUCUUGUCGUCACGAUAUUUCCAUCUCUCCCUUGCCGGGCCGUCUACUACAGCUUGGCGGGACAGGCCACACCAAGGGCCACUUCGCCUCUCACAAGCUCCUCCUCUCCCACACACAAGAUCAUCUCGUACACACGGUUCUCCUUCAGUGAGGCAAGUCACGGACCGGUUCUGCUCCCCGCCCGAGCUGGCAACCCCACUGGAACCAAAACACAGGAAGCUCCAAUCUUUCCAGGCAGUGAUGGCUCGGUCGCAGUGCUGAGCGGUCGAGGGGAGAGAGCGGGGGCUGCCACCUCGGCGCAACAAGUCUUGGCCACAGCACUCUGAGCCUCACUGACUGGUGACUUGUAAGGCUGGGAUGUCUGGCCACGGUGACUCGAAGGACGGCUGCUUUGCCUUACACUGAGCAGUAACAUCAGUUAGCCGGGACGUGACAGGACCUGUUGUGUGUGUAGCGUCGCUCACUUUACUUACUCGCCACUUCCUCGGGGACUCAGGCGCGUCUCUGAGCGGGAACAGUAUUUUUAGUCUUGUUAACUGAAUACCAAAGAGGUGUGAGGCCCCAAGUGUGAGGGCAGUGUGGAAGGCGUGCGCCCUUUACCAGUUCAAGGGCGGCAGUCACGGAAAAUACAGUUAAGAGUGACGAAAAACUUGCUGCUCGACCAACUCGCUCCUGCUGGUGAACUCCUAAGAAGGUCGUGAUAUUGAGUGACUCUGGCGGGACUUUCAUCAGUGGACGGAGGGCGAGCCAGCCACCACGAGCCGCUGCUCCGAGUGAUACAAGAAAUACAGUGUUUUGUCUCGGGAGUCUGGGAAGAGUGACGUGAAGCAAAGUAAUACCUGAAAGAAAAAAAAUAAAGAUGAUUUCCUACCUGAUGCAAGACUUUUAUAGAUAUUAUCACCUCCUGCCCGCGAUCACAGGAGUAAAAGUGAUCAAUAUAAACGAGUAGUGUGUGUGUGUGUGUGUGUGUGUGUGUGUGUGUGUGUGUGUGUGUGAGUGCGUGUGCGUGUAGCGGUGUGUCCUGGCAUCCUGACGGGCCCCAGCAAGUGUCACGUCGUUGCCACGCUGCUCACCCCCAUGGCCUGAGGACCCACGCCCUUAACCAGCUCCAGAGGGUGCCAGGGGGACGCAGCUCUCUCUCCGCCAUGGUCUUCUGACGGUGGACUGCCCGCACCGAGACACCCGCAGGACCUCGCGAGCAGAGCCAUGAUGGUGUGGCGAGGAGCGAGGAGGGCGGCCCGUGUGGAGUGGCAGAGGGUGGUGGUGAUUUUGGUGGUAGCUAUGGUGACGGUAGCAGUAGCGGGCGACUCUCCAUCACCACUCUUCUCUGCCUCUUCCUCCUCCUCCUCCUCCUCCUCCUUCUCUUCCCCAUCCCUCCACGAAGACGCCGCUCACAACGCGACCAUAAAAACACCCCCAAAGUGCCACUGGACGUCCCCUCAGGUCCUGGAGUGCCAAGUGAGGAUUCUGGACGACACGCUGGGCAGGCAGGUGGUCAAGGGGCACUGGGAGACUCUCAACCACUCCAGAGGUCAAGAGGUGGUGCCCAGGUCGCCGUGGCACAGCGGAGGUGACCCCAGACACGCUCGAGAGCUGACGGUGGAGUGUAGCAGAGUCCAUUACUUCCAGUCACUGCUCACCACUCGAACUUUCCAGGGCGUGGAAGGCGUGGAGGUGCUGAGGAUCCACCGUUGCAAGAUUGACAGUCUGCUGCCGGGGUCGCUGGAGGGCUUGACUCGCCUGCGGGUGCUGGAGGUGGCCACCCACAACGAGGACUGGGCGGCGCUGGCCCUGGAGAUGGUGGAGGGGUCGCUGCCCCCCACCCUGGAGCGCGCCUCCCUCGCCCACAACAACAUCUGGACGCUGCCUCCCCGCGCCCUCUGUGGCCCCGCCGCCCUCCACCACCUUAACCUGUCCUUCAACAGACUGCAGGACGUGUUGGAGCUGGGAUUCUCCGACCAGCCGUUGGACACACGCGCCCUUAACGUCUCCAACACCACCUUCAGCAUGCAUUCGGGGUUUUCUGCUGUCGAGGAGGAAGUUGGCGGGGACGGGUGUGGCCACGCCCUGCAGGAGCUGAUCCUCGAUCACAAUGACCUUGUAAGGCUUCCCCCGGGGAGCUUUCGUACCCUGGGUGGCCUCAGGGAACUCCACCUCCGAAAUAAUGAUAUCAGGCUCAUAGCGAGUGAAGCCUUCCGGGGCAUGGCAGCCUUACAAGUCCUUUAUCUCUCCAAUAAUCAUAUAAUCGCUCUCCAGAAUGGAACCUUUUCCGAGAACAGGGUGUUAGAGAGGAUCCACCUCAACAAUAACUCCCUGACGGCUCUGAGUCCGGGGGUUUUCCGGGGUCUGUUGGAGCUGCAGGUGCUGAACCUUUCCGAUAAUAACCUUUACUUGGACUCGAGCCACGACGACCUGCUGCGUGGCCUGCGGCGACUCGUCAUCCUUGACUUGUCUCGUAACGCCCUGACCACCAUCACGCAGCAUCUGUUCCGUGACCUCACUUCUCUACAGCGCCUCGAUCUCUCCCACAACACCAUCCAAAAUCUCGAGGACGACAGCUUCACCUCCCUCUCCAACCUGUACGCUAUCGACCUCUCCCACAACCUGAUCCUGAGCCUCGGGGAGGGCAGCCUUCGGGGUCUGGUGGGCCUCAGUCUCCUACACCUCAUCAAUAACUCCUUGAUAGAGCUUCAUCCCCACACUUUCCGUCACAGCUCCAACCUGAAGGAGGUGUUUCUUGCAGACAACCACCUACAAGUUAUCCCGACGGCGCUGGAGAACCUCUCGUUUAUAAAGGUUCUGGACGUGAGCAGGAAUGAAAUCGCCAGCUUUCAGCCCUUCAUGUUCGGCGGCCUGAGCAACCUGGAGAUUCUGAACGUGAGUUACAACAAAAUGAAUGGCAUCUCGGAGGGCGCGCUUGCAGGCCUCGUCUCGCUCCAGGUCCUGGAUUUGCGGGACAAUCAGAUGAGGACGGUGAGUGAAGGGUCAUUCAAGGGGAUCCCGCGCGUGAGGACGCUGACGCUGAUGAGAAACGAACUCAGCGACAUAAACGGAGUCUUCGCGGGGCUGGAGCACCUCAGGACGUUAGAUUUGUCUCACAACAACAUUAAGAUGUUUGACUACGCCUUCAUCCCCCGCCAGCUGCAGACCCUCGACCUGAGUCACAACAGGAUUGAGCAGCUUGGAAACUUCUUCAAGGUGCACAACGUCCUCACCCUGGAGGUCCUGGACGCCAGCCACAACGCCAUCAGGAAACUUACAGAGGUGUCUCUCCCCAACACCAUCCGAAGGGUCGUGCUGCACCACAACAACAUCAGCCGCGUGCUGCCCAACACCUUCGGGGACAAGGCCGGCGUGCACGACAUUGAUCUGCGGGUGAAUGUUAUCCAGAGACUCAAUCCGAAGUCGAUUAGUGUCCGAGGCACCGUCGGUCAUCCCACCAACGCUCGGGUCUUGCUUGCAGGGAACCCGCUGGUGUGUGACUGUGAGAUGGAGUGGCUGCACGGCUCCUCGGACACUGCCAUCACCACGCCGGAGCCCACCGAGGUCACUUAUCUACAGCCUCGCAUUGACGACCUCGUUCACGUCACCUGCACCCUCCUGCACUCCCGCGGCGGCCCAUCAGUGAUGACCCGUGUCCUCGACACCUCCCGUGAGAACUACCUGUGUCCCUACGCCACCCACUGCUUUGCGCUGUGUCACUGCUGUGACUUCAUCGCCUGUGACUGCCAGAUGAAGUGCCCGGACGCCUGUUCUUGUUUCCGUGACGACACUUGGUCCAUGAACCUCGUAGACUGUUCCGGCGGCCGCCUGGAUCGCCUCCCGGACCGCAUCCCCAUGGACGCCACCGUGGUGCUGCUGGAUGGCAACAAUCUGCAGGUGCUGCACGCCCACCACUUCAUCGGCCGCCACAGCAUCCAGCAGCUCUUCCUUAACAACUCACAGAUUCAGACUCUUCAGAACCGCACUUUCCAUGGCCUCAUUUCUCUCCACAUUCUUCAUCUGCAGGACAACAUGAUCGUUCACCUCAAUGGGUUCGAGUUUUUUGGUCUGCAGCGUCUGAAGGAACUCUACCUUCAAAACAACCGCCUUUCUUUUGUUAAUAACGCAACUUUUCUCAGCCUCAAGAGUCUGGAAGUCCUGCGGCUGGACAAUAACUUCCUCAUAGACUUCCCCGUGUGGCUCCUUGCUCACAACCACCACCUCACCACCGUCUCUCUGGCCAACAACCCCUGGGACUGUGACUGUCGUUUCGUGGAGUUGCUCAGGCAGUGGCGUGAAGAGAAGCCUGGACAGCUGCUUGCCCCCGAGGAAGUGUUUUGUCUGUACGGGGACUCCGGCAUGGUGGGGCCCAACAUAGUGCUGCCUGAGUAUUCGUGUGUCAAGAGUCAGCAGAGGGUCACUCAAUAUCAAUUUGGACAGAGGCAGCUGCCCUUUCUGGCGGGCGGCCUGUGUGGCGGCGUGGCGCUCAUCAGUGCCCUGGUGGUCGUGGCCAUGCUGGUGGCUCGCAGGAAGGCGGCUGCUGCCAACAAGCUGGGGAUUAACAGCCCGCCAUCGUAUUGUCAGGAGGAAGACGGCAAGGUAUUUGAUGCCUACAUUAGCUACAGCACCUUCGAUGCCUCCUUCGUGCGUGAUGUCAUUGCCACCAAACUGGAGAACAAUUGCCCAAGUUAUAAGCUUUGUCUUCACUCUCGUGACUUCAGCGAGAAUAGUCGCCUCUCUGAGUUCAUAACACAGUCACUCAACUUCAGCAGACGGACCAUCAUCGUACUCUCCAAGAACUAUGUGGAUCACGAGUGGAAAAACUCCACUUUUAAGAAGGCGCACGUGGACGGUCUGCGUGAUAACGACAUGAACCUUAUCGCUGUGUACUACGACAAUGUGUCCUACUCGGCCUUCGACGCGGACUUGAAGGCGGUGGUGCGGCGGUGCUCCAAGCUGCGGUGGGGCGACAAGCACUUUUGGAGGAAACUGGUGGAGCUGAUGCCGCAGCGGCAGACCUACACCGGCCUGCCUGUCUACAUGUCUGAUAACUCUUACAAGUCGGCCACGCUUCCAGCCGUCGUGCCACCGACGACCCUGCCGCUCCCCUCCUCCUCCUCCGUCCUCACCUCCACCACAGGCCUCACCACGCCCUCCGAGGUUGACCGCAGAACCUCCUAUUUGACAGAGCCUCCGGCUACCUAUAAGGCUCCGCCGCCGCCGCGCCCCUGCUGCUCCCCGCCAACGUGUGACUACAUCGUGAUGCAGGGCCGAGACUGUAGGGACCCUCACUGCACGUGUCGCCGUCACUCGCACGCCGCUUACACCUUCAUCGAUGGCGACAGUUCUUCCCUGCACACCUACACCUCCCUGGAGCCCUUCACCGGUCCCAGUCCCCACCACAUGCCGGUCCCUGCCCCUGCGCCCCCUACCUCCACCCCUAAUCAUGUGCCCCGCCCGCCCUCCGCCAGUAGUGAUCAUUACAGCGCUAUCGACGCUCCGCUGAGGAGGAGUGGCCGGGCUAGCAAGCGCAAGAAAAAGCGACCCCAGAGCCAGACUUACUCUCCGCCCUCUACAGAGGAUGUCGCCGAAAACUACGUCAAGGAAGCUGUGCCCGAGCAGCCUCCCAUGGGCACUGGCACCUUCAGGCGAACCAAGAGCCUCAGAGUGAAGCGUGCCGCGGCCGAGAGACACAGCGACUACUCCACAGACCACUCCAGCGACCGUUCCAGUGGCAGAUCCUUUGAUCACUCCGUGACUUCAGGAGCAGCAGCAGCAGCAGCAGCAGCAGGAUUUGAUCCCCACAGUGCCCUUUACACGGGUCUUGCCGACUCUCCGCCCGACCCCAAUCUGAACUCCGAGGAAUGCUUUGUUUAGUCUAGUCCAUCGCUGCCGCUGUCAGGAGCAGCAGCAUCAGUAUCGGCAGCUGAGCGCGGAAGCAACAACAGCAGGAACAGGAACCAGCAGCAGUGACACGCGGCGCCCGAUCCUCAUCUUGCUGUAUUGAUGGGCGGCCGCUUAGUGGAACCUUCACUCAAGCCUGCUGCCUGCUCCCUGCCGCCUGCCGUGUGGUUCCUCCCUUGGCGAGCGUCCCGCCAGCAGGGUGCCUCGCUGAUAUUCUAACAGUGUACGAGCCGUCCCGUUGAUUGUAAGUCACCCUUCAUUACCCUCACUUUUGAAGUCAGAAAUGUUAUCCCGGGCGCCGCCUGCCGGUGCUGGAUGGGAGGGGCUGCCGCCGCCGCCGCCGCCGCCGCCGCCACCGCCGCCGCCGCCGUCCCGAAUCCGCCUCGACGCCUGGCGCAUCACUCCUUCCCUCGAGGUUCGGGGCGUCCGUGGGUCACCUGGGGCCGCGCCCCUACUCAGGAGGCGCUCCGGUGGUCCGCCUCUAGUUUUGGGCGUGAGGGAGAGCAUCGCCUGUGUCCACCUAGCCGCACUGCCAGGCCGCGUGGUGUGGCAGCCGUUCCCCUCCGACCCGCCCCGCCGCCCCGCCGCCCCUCGCACCGCCAAACAAGGGAAGGAGGCGCGCCCCGCACCUCCGAGAACACCGCCACUGUAGUGUUGUAGUCCCGCCGUGACAACGCCAGUCGUUUCAAUCCUCAAGAACUACCUCUCGUGGAGUUUCUAAUAAGAACGCAUCUUGAAAUACUGAAGAAAGAACAGUUAAAAAGGUAUUUAAAUAUUACCCAGAUGAUCUUCUGUUGUUUUUUUUUCUGAAAUAAACCAAAGAAAAAGACAAAAAAAUGCACAUACCGUAACGCACCAAGCACGUGUCCGGUGAGUCCCGCCACAAAUGUCACGUCGAGGAACCUUGUGAAUUGUGUGUGGUGGGAGGCGAGUGUUCAGUGUGUGAAUUAUGUGCCAGAGUCAGAAUAAACUUGGCGGCAGUGUCUUGUGUUGAGCCGAGCACGUGGGAGGCAGGGAGGAGGAUCUAGACCUUUGUUCCACCACCCCGGCACCAUCUGUCUUUCUCAUCUGUUCCUCAAUCUUACCACAGCUCCACCACUCCUUCCCCUGCUCUUCCAUCUCCACCCUCUCCCCUUGUCUACCAGCUGGUCUCUCCCCCCUCCCCAUUGUCCUCCUCAAAUAUUCUGCACUUCAUCCACAAACCAACCUUCAGCUGUUCAUUGUGUGUUCUUCGCGGCGUCACCUGGCCUCCUAUAUCCCUUUCCUCUCACAAUGCCUCACCUUACCUUCUUUACCUGUGAGUCUUGCACAACCACUCGUCUUGUCAGGUUUGUCACGCGUUAGUAUCUUCAGGUAUUUGUUGUUCCUGUAGUUUUACGCCUCUAUCGGCCAGUCCUCGAGUUAGCUUCAAGUUUGUCUUUAUUUGUCUUUUCUUUCUCUUCAUUUCUGUUCUAUCUCUCGCUUCGCUCAAGGGAGAAUGAAUGAUUAUCCGGCGACAUUUCUUCCAUGUCACGUUAAUUCGUUACCUGCUUGACAAGAACUUCGGUGUUUCAGUUCUGCUACGUAUUCUAAUUUUAUUCUUUCUUUUUUUUUUUUUUUUUUUUUUUUUAUUUCCGCUGUCAGUCAGACGGUUAGUGUUGAUCAACGCGAUAGUUUUACUCAACUUCUCUUGUCAGUCAUUAAUUUGUAACUGAGAAACUGUCGCUCUCUCUCUCUCUCUCUCUCUCUCUCUCUCUCUCUCUCUCUCUCUCUCUCUCUCUCUCUCUCUCUCUCUCUCUCUCUCUCUCCUCAUAUUUAAUUAUUCAUGUGAGUUUUAAGCUUCCAUCUCUUUCAUCUUAGUAAAUAUUUUUGCCUUCGAGCCUUUUUCAUUCCACUUUAUUGCCUUUUAUUUCUAUCCCUCUUCCUUCAGUCCCCCUCUCCAUCCCCCUCUCCCCCCUGCCUCCCUCCACACCUGCCUCUCACCUGUGCUGGGGCCAGGUAUGGAAGCCCACAGGUGUAUAAUGUCUAGUCACUUAUAAACGUGUAAUAAUGAAUUGAGUGUUGGAGAGGAUUAAGUCCUUGUGUAUUUUUCUAUACAAAAUAAACAUUAAAAAUUGCUCACC